CCAGUGGCCGCCUUCGUAUAAACUAUACAAUUCCAGAGGAGAACAGCAGAGAUUGGGGAGAGAGAGUCUGAAAUGGCGAGGAUGAGUCUCCGUCGUGGGUCGAUAGCAGCUUCAGCAUUGGUUCUGGUGAUUGUUACCUCACUAGUGUCGGCGAAGAGCUCAAAGGAUGUUACUGAGCUGCAGAUCGGUGUAAAGUAUAAGCCAGUAUUUUGUGACAUUCAGGCACACAAAGGUGACAGAGUCAAAGUACACUAUCGGGGGAAACUCACAGACGGAACUGUUUUUGAUUCCAGCUUUGAAAGGGGUGAUCCAAUUGAGUUUGAGCUUGGCAAUGGUCAAGUGAUUAAAGGAUGGGACCAAGGACUAUUGGGAAUGUGUGUAGGAGAGAAGCGAAAGUUGAAAAUACCUGCAAAACUUGGAUACGGAGAGCAUGGUUCCCCACCCAAGAUCCCAGGCGGUGCGACACUCAUCUUCGACACAGAACUUGUGGCGGUUAAUGGGAAAACUGGCGCUGGAGGGAAAACAGAUGACAGUGAGCUAUAGUGAGAGAAAUUAGAAGUUGAGGUCCUGUUUCCGAUUAACUGAAUUUUGGUGAUUCAGUGGCUUUGUAUGGUGUAAUGAAGGAUAGAUUGAUUCACUUAAGACAUGGAUAAGGUUCCUCCUCCUCGCUUACAUCUCUAGGCAUUUAGGGAGGAAACUCCAAUGAACUUUGAGCUAAGGUGUUCUUUCCUUGAAUCUUACUUUAACUCCUUUUGUGACUUAAAAAGCUGUAAUAAAAUUCUCAGACUUGAAAUUCA